ACGCACACAUGCCGUCCAGUGUUGAUGACGCAAUCACUGGGACUUUCCGGAUACGUCACUCGGGGCUUCCGAGGUCUUAAGCUAGCUCUACCUCUGUGUUCAUGUCGUUAGACACUGUCAGCGUCGCUUCGUUCCUGUGUGGUACAAUCCAAAACAGACCAUGAAAACGCCAAAGGCUCCUAACAGCGCCGACGGGUCUGAAUAUUGAGACGUCGUCGUCAGGAGCGACCGUCAGCCUGAGAGACGGAAUGUCAACAACGCGGCCCCUCCUCGGGAUGAGACGAGUCACCGAGCUAGCGUGCCCGGAGCAGCCGACCAGCAGGCUCCUUGCGUCAGGCGGCAGACAGCAGCUGGAGGCCUCUACUGUGGACGAGUUUACAGUGCUGGAGGAUAAAGAAGAGGAGCUGAAAUGUGCCAAGCCUCGAGUGGAGCAGGUUUUUAAAGUGACGUUCACCAUUAUCGGUCUGUUGGACCACACGGGACAGCCGCACGGUAGCAAAACAUCACGGCAGAUAUGGCUGCAGCUCAGAGGAAACAGAGAAGACGUGUCGAAGGCAAAGGAAUAUGUUCGAGGACUCUGUGACCCCGAACUGCAAAAAGAAGAGCGGUACCCCGUGGACAUGCACUGUAUUUUUGCUGGUGCUCGGGGCCUCUUCCUGGACAGGCUCGUACGGGACACAAGUGCCGAAGUCGUGGUCCCAGAGCCAGGCCGCCUGCGCCUGUUGGGUCGGGCUGAACCUGUCGUGAUGGCACAGAGCAGAGUUCAGCAAUUUGUAGCACUCUUCCAGGAGAAGCGAAGUCUACCGAGUGACAGAGAGCCUGCAGUGAAACGAGCGUUCAAGUCCUUUGUGGAGGAAAGGGAUGAUAAGUACACAAUGGAGCUUCUUCUGCUGCCCAGUGCCCUGAAGGAAGAGCUCCUGGGACUGGCUCAUAGCCCCACUACCACAAACACAUCGUCCCUGGUGCAGCUCAACCAGACACUGCAUCCCAGCAUGGUGGAGGUGGACCAGGACCGCUCGCAGAGUAGCACCCCUGUGACAGAGCUUUCCAACCGCAUCCUGGACACCAGCUUUGACGAGAAAGGGCCUGGAGCAGCAUCUGUUGUCGGAGGAGGUAAAGCGGGAGGAGGGAUAGCCCUCGGCCCCGAGGCCGUCCUGCUCAACGGCACUCGGCCAUCACACAAGCGGCGCUCAUCUGAGAGCGAGACUCGGGACACAAAAAGACAGUACUCUCUGGAGCGGAGGGACGAGUCGCCCGAGAGAGCGAGAGAGAGAGAGCGACAGAGGGACAGGGAGGGCCGGGGGAACAGUAGCAGUUGUAGAUCCAAAACACCCUCUGCUUCAUCGUCACUGUCCUCUACAGCAAAAGCAAACACAGUUGUAGGUCCAAUCGUGUUGGACUCCAGUGAAGGCAUCUCAGACGACGGGGAGGCAGUCAGCCCAGAAACCAAUCUCCGCUGCCUGGUCAAUUUCUUCAGAACCAUGGGUUACCAGCAAGAAGUGGUGGAACGUGUUGUCAAGGAGACAGGACAGACAGAGGAUACUUUCCUCGUUCUGGAGAAAAUCGUUGAGGAAACCAAGCGUUGUGAAGAGGGGUCAACAGGCAGUGAAAAAGAAAGACGAUUGAACUCUGUGCGCGCUUCAGACACUCCGUCGGCGGCGGCGGCUGCCUCCUCUACAGUUUCUCGAUUCAUGGAGAGGGAGCGUGAGCGGAGCAGAGCGUUGGUAGACCCGGGCAGGUCUAAAGAGAACAUUAAGCCCAACCAGCACCGAGGCAGUAGUAAUGGUCUGGGUCACCGCAGGCAGUGCAGCAGCAGCGAGACCAGCACUCAACAGGCCAUCACUAUCAAGAGAAGUUCUAGUGCUCAAGGAGGAGCAGGAAACUAUGAGGUGAUUAACAUUGAUGAUGACGAUGAUGUCAUCAUCAUGAAUACCAAAACAGCAGAUAGCAGGACACCCCGGAUGAUGACAGUGGCACACCUGGACACCCAGUCAGGAUCAAGAACAGACUACUUGGCACGGGGAGGGGGUGGCAUCCCACAGAGGGAUUACCUGUCAAGAGGAGGGACACAGACACUGGGAGGAUCAGUCAAAGUUGAGAGUGUGACAGCGCUGCGCAGCACGCCUCAGUGGCUGACGGCCACCACCACCUCCUUAGCUUCUACCCCCAGUUCGGCUCAGCCAAUCCCCAGGCCCUCAGCCUCUGCUUAUCAGACCAUCGGCCACACAGGUUUUCACGGGAUCGGAGCAAGGACUCCUCCUGCAAGUGACCCGCCGCCGCCCCCGGUGACUGGUUUGGCUCGUUUUCAUCAGUCACUCAGGACUCCCUACACUCUGAAGCUGCCAAAUGAGCCAGGACGUCAGGAGCUCAGACACAUCAUCAUAGAUGGCAGCAACGUGGCUAUGGCUCACGGUCUCCAUCGGUUCUUCUCCUGUCGAGGAAUAGCACUGGCCGUGGAGACGUUUUGGAGGCGGGGUCACAGGGAGAUCACAGUCUUUGUUCCUCAGUGGCGUCAGAAGAGAGACCGGCUCACAACAGAACAACAUUUUCUGAACCAGCUAGAAGACCUGAGACUGCUCUCCUUCACUCCCUCCAGAGAGGUCUGUGGCCAGAGGAUAUCCUCACAUGAUGACAGGUUCCUGCUCCACCUUGCAGAAAAAACAGACGGGAUCAUUGUUACCAAUGACAACUUGAGGGACUUUGUCGACACCUCGGACACCUGGCGCAAGAUCAUUCAAGAGAGAUUGCUUCAGUUUACUUUUGUGGAGGACCACUUCAUGAUUCCUGACGACCCUCUGGGGAGAGACGGACCUCAUCUAGACAUAUUCCUGCGUAAAGACCAUAGGAGGGCUCCAGCCACCCCUCCCCCUCUGAGACCCCCAGACUUACGGCAGCCCCCCCAGCAGCAGCAGCCGGUUUACGUCCAGGCUGUCCAAUCGGCUCCUCGGACCCCCACCACCAUGCCCUGGCCCCCGACCUCCAUGAUGGCCCACCCUACUUCACACUGGCCCCACUCUGGUCCUCCAGAAUGGCACCCGCCCCGCCGUUCCCCUUCCCCCUCACCCUCUCCCCCUCCACAGCGGUCACCAGGAGAGACGUCAGAGCUUAAGCGAAAGCUGUACGACAUCUUCCCCGACCAGAAGCAGCGGAUCGACCGCAUCCUUGACGACAACCCCUACAUGAGAGACCUGAACGCCUUGUCGGGGCUGCUGCUGGGAUAAAUAACUGGCACGAGAAUCAACAGACACACAGUCCAUGUACACACAUGCAAGAAUAAACGUAUACACGUCAGCAUAAAAAAUAAUUUAUUUCAGCAUUUCUUCCAGCCUGGAAGACAUGGACAGUCUAAAUAUUAUUUUACAUAAAGACUGGUCGUCAAACUAGCUGCUGUUGGCUUCAAGUAUUCUUUAUCUCUUCCUUUUUCUUUGCUCUCAAGUUGUUGAGGGUGAACAACACAUGCAACAUUUUAACAAAUGCUGUAUUUGUCAGGCAGCAAAGUCUAUACCAGAUAGUAAUACAUUUUUGCAGAUCCUCGACAACCGUCAACAGGAUGCUUCAAUUUUGCAAAAAGCACCUGGAGAAAAUGUUUUAGAACAAGAACAGUAAACUGGCGCUCCAUGAUUGUCUACCUACUCGGACACCUUUUCUGAGUAUACAAGCUCUCGACAGUUUGGGACAUUUACAUGUUUUGCAUGUUUUUUUUUCCAACACAUGAGUUAUAGGCUUGUCAUGUUCUUAAACAAGGUGUCAUUCCAGUCGGGGAGCAUUUUCAGGAGUUUGGAGUCUUUCAGCAUCAACAAAGAGUAUCACCAAUUUUGUUUUCUCCCUUUUCCUAUACAGUAUACUGUCAGGAAAAGAUCACCAGAUUAAGCAUCAUAAAAUAAUUAUUAGUAACUGGAAUUCUAAAAAGUAGACACUCCUGUAAUUUCAGUUUACCACUUAAAAUCUGGGCCUAAUAUCUUCAUGUUUUGUUGAGUAAAUGUUUCAUACUUACCAAAAGUUUUUGAAUGGGUCCAGUAGAUGGCCUCAGCGGGCAACAGCUACAACAUAAUCCUUUGGAGCACCUCCGACUGUCAAAGUUGUGUCCGUUCCUGCUACUGACAGGCUGAGAUUGUUAUUCUAACUGGCUGCCUACAAUAAUCCUACAGAGGGAGAUUUUGUUGUUUAAUAAAAAGAACAUUUUUAUAACUAGAAAGAGGUUUUGCUCUGAAAUCUCUCAAGAGUUGUGUAGUUCAGGACUUUAAGUGGACAUAACUUUGAUGUUUGUCAAAUUACAUUGCAGCUACUUCCAGCUGAGCCGAUUUACUGGACCGAUUUUAACAUAUUGGGUUAGUAGGAAUCACUUGCACACCAAAACAUGUACAUUUAAGCCCCAGUAUCAUUGUUUUGGCAGAAAAGGCAAUGCUCAGAAGGAAAUUGCCACCUUUAGUAUCAUCACUAUGACACAUGGUCUCGUAGCUUCGUGUUGCUUCUCAAACCUUGCUGUUUAUAAUUGGUUUCUGAAACUGAACUUGCUGCUCUGACAGUCUGUGACAAACAUUUGAAAUGUGGUUGGAUCUGUUCCCAGCAUCAGUUGCUACUGUUCGAUACACUGUUAAACAGCGUUUUCAGGAGGACGCGGUCACUGCUUCCACAGCAGCAUUUUGUCCUGAGAUGGGUUGAGAGUUUUUUGCCGAGUUUUAUAGUCAAUACAUAUACCAGUCCGUCAGGCUUUGGAUGGAAACACUACAAAAGUUUGGAUUUUUGUUGGUUAAGGUCAAUGGCCCACUUCCUUUGUAAAUCACACACCAUACCUUUGCUCACCUGAAGAAAAAAACCUAAAAAGACAACAGACUUACUCAAGUUCAUUUGUAAUUAGUGUUUGAUAGACACAUUUAAUGCACUGGAGGUAAGAAAAGGUGUGCUGAGGAAAAGAAGGUUUCAUUGAUGAUUCGUCAGAAAGCUUCUGGUUUUUUUUACCCUCAUACACCCAGAGAAUGUGUGCCGCAGCUUGCAUAUUUGAUGUGCAUCUGAGUUUUGUAAAAUACAAACACUUUAUUUCCUUGUAAUAAAAGAACAUCUGCACAAAAAACUUUACAAGGUGUCAAAAAACAAGUUUUGUUCGUACUUGCUCUGUUGUUGUAAGGAUUACUGAAGGGUUUGUUUCUCUUUUGUUGUAUAAUAAUUCUUUUGUGUAUAUUGAUUUUUUUUUUUUGUAAAUACAAGCAUUUUUGGCUACGGCGCACAUUGUUUUAUGUAUGUUGAAAAAGUCAAAUAAAUGCAGCAGUCCCCAUAA